GUCUCCUCGCCACGCGCGCACCGCGGCUCGGUGUGACACACGCUCGGACGUGACGCCAGCUGAGUGAGCCAAAAGCACUUCUGAUGACAUUCGCUGCUGAAACAGCUGAGCACCUGCCACUCUCGCCGGGGUUAUAUCUCCUUCCACUGCUAUGCCCCCAUCUUUCUUUUUUUAUAAAAGGUGUUCCACAUCUGGAUCAUCAUCAUUCCACGCGCGUCCGCAGCAGGCAUGAGGAUUUGUGAUUCCGCUGCGCGUAAAUGAUGAUCACACAGCGGGACUCUUGAUCUUUGCAUAAACCCAGAUGCCUCCACUCCCUCUCGACGAGCGCAUAGUGGUCAUUCAACGCCCCAAAAACGCGUAUGAGGCUUCCCCACAAACCGUCCCACACCAUUCCUCUCAAGUAACAGCCUCUACCAAUGGACAAGUUACCCGACCUGUCCAUAUCCAUGCUGCUCAUUCCCAUUUUUACUCACCUGUGUGUAAAUCUCUAAGUGUGGAAUGCAAGCGCAGGUCGUCCCGUGUGCAGAGAUUCAAGGGCGACCAGCCCGCCAACCCAGCAGCAGUCCGACAUGUUCCGAGCCACUGCCAUAGCAAUGGUACAGUAACACUCGGCCCACGACUUCCCUCCCAUACACAUACUAUUGAUAUCAAGGUAUCGGUGGACAAAGGGGGAAGAGGAGGACUUAGCAACUCCUUAGGGCGCACUGGAAGUGUAAAAGGGGGUAGAGGGAAAUGUGUCUCUUCACAGCUGAAUCCAGGACAAUGUGAGAGAAAAACUGGAAACUCUGGGAGGCCUUGUGGAGUGGAGCACAAGCCUCAGCGAGUUCGUCAACUUUCAUCUUCCCCUGGAGGGAUCCUUCAGUUUGUCCCUGCUCAGGCACAACAGCAUACAUUCAGACGAGAAAAGGAGAAAGAAAACUCCACUUUUCAUAACAGAAGCGACCAGGAAUUUCCCUCUUUGGGUCACAGGAAAAAUUCCAAGCUGGGAACUGUUCGUCAAAGCCAUAAUAACCACAGUCUGCCCUACCAGCACCACUCUGUUCCUGUGCCCCAUGCUGCCAUCAUAAACUCUUCCUAUCCUUCCUCCCCUCCACCCCAACCCCCUGAUGUUCCUGUCUCUUUUCAACAACAUAACCAACCUUACCCGUCUCACACAAGGGAUCGCCGGCCCCACAUUCUUCAUGGUCUUCCGUUGUCCCCUUGCUCCUCCCGGGUUGGAGGGUUCCCUAGUCCAGACCACACUUGCACCAUUGACUGUGCACACCCGUUCAACUGUGGCUGCUGGAGAUUGGUCAAAUGUACAGGGUGUAAAGGAGAUUCUUCCAGUUACCAAGGAGGCGGAGGAAGCACUUCUACCUCAUUUUCCUGUGGUCACAAUGUUGGCGCAGUGAAGAGAGGAAGUAAAGACAUGGGCCUAAAGAAUUUGGGUGGCUGUCUCUCCACCGCCUCCACAUCAAACACCUCCUCAACGAAUAGCACCGCCUCUGACUGUCGAGCAGCUCGGUUCAAACCUCUACCUUGUGCCUCCUGUGGGGGAGAGGCUGGAAACUUUGAGAGUCCUGCUAUCCUUCGUAAAAAACUAGUAGGGGGAUGUCUUCCCUGUACUUCUCUGACCUCUUCAACCCCUUUGCGGGCGAUUCAAAGCUGUGUAUCUGGUUGCAACAACAAAGCAUCCCAGACUGGCAGUUCUUCCUGCAGCUACUGCAGCAGUGACCCAAUAGUGGUUACAUUCAAUCCUCGCAGAGGAAAACCCCCUGGACGAGGAUUAGGGCCGAUUCAACCGAUGACUAUGUCACAAGCUGAUGAUGAUGACUACAGUGUCCGCACCAUCUGGCCUGAAGAAUUGGCCAAGAAGAUGACCCAUUCUAAAACCCAAAAGAACAACUGUGCUGGGAUGGGUGUUGGGAAAACCUGCUCUAGUCAUGCCGAGAAUGGCAGAGACGGAGGCGGCAUGGCCAUCUUGGACUGUCAGAACCUUCAGGAUUACACACAGAAUCAUCUCACAGACCAUGCCGGCCGACGACGCCUUCAGCAAGGAAAAAUGGCCGCACUUGGUUUUGUAGGCAGCAGGUUGGGAUCUAGCUAUGAUGAUGGCCGUAACUCGCUGAAGAGGCUCUUAAAUAAAUCAGAAGAUGUUGGAAUAAGCGACAGUCCUGAGCAUAACCAAGUGUAUCUAAGAUCCACUUCUCCCCACACUGUGUCUCCACCAUCUCCUGUGUCCUUUUCCCCUCCACCAUCGGCCCCCAGUACACUCAUCAAACCCAAACCAUGGCAGAGAGACAGGGAAGGAGGACACUCUUUGCCAUCGGCUCAAUCCCUUCACCUGGCCCUGAACUCCCUUAACAGAGAUCAAGACGAGGAGAACAGCCGAAUGAGGCUGUCUCUGCCACUGUCCUCAUCAUUGCCAGCUUCACUGUCCGAUGAAACUUUGAUGAGUCCCGAUGCGGAGAACGCCGUCAUCAGCCCGAUCCUGCCCUUCCUGUUCCUGGGAAACGAGAGAGAUGCCCAGGACCUGGACCUGCUGCUGCGCCUCAAUAUUGGCUACGUCGUUAAUGUAACCACACACCUGCCGCUCUACCACAUCAACUUGGGGCUGCGCUACAAAAGGCUCCCGGCCACUGACAACAGCAAGCAAAACCUCCGGCAGUACUUUGAGGAGGUCUUUGAAUUCAUUGAGGAGGCAUAUCAGAGUGGGCAGGGUGUGUUGGUUCACUGCCAGGCAGGCGUGUCCCGUUCUGCAACCAUCGUCAUCGCCUACCUUAUGAAGCACACCCUCAUGACAAUGACAGAUGCCUACAAAUAUGUGCGGAGCCGUCGGCCUGUGGUGUCGCCCAACCUGAACUUCAUGGGCCAGCUCUUGGAGUUUGAAAGGGACCUUAAUUCCGGGGUGACUCCUCGGAUUUUGAUGCCUAAACUUAGCGGUGUGGAGACGCAGGUCUAAAUAUUGUAGCAUUAAAAAGAAAAAAAGCAGUCAGUUUUAGAACCGCAUGUACAGGAUAGUGGAAAGUCUUGGUGGGUUUGGCAAAUAGUGCACUUUUAAUACCGUGAAACAUGAGCCAGAGGACUGGAUGGUUCAUUUGUUCAAUUGUUAGACAAUUUGAUCCCCAUCCAGUAUUCUGCUUAUAAGAUAAUGUGCCAAUAUUUUGUACAGCUCCAGUAUAAUUCAGUUCUCUUUUAUUUUAUCCGAUAACUCUUUUUUUCCUGUUUACAGUAAUCUCCACAAAGAAAGAGUGACUUUAUUGCCCUAAAUCAUAAAUGCAUGCAGAACACAAAACCCUGGAAAAGGGAUAAUUGUUAAUCAUUCAUCUACAGCAGCUUUUUGACGCUCCUGCCACAUGUAGCAGAGAAGUGCACUUUAUUUUUCAUGCAUUAGUUAAGUUAUUACCCACUGAAAAAUCAUAAAGAGAAGACCUCACUAACUGUUUUUAAAUUGAAUCUUUUGCUUACAUUUGAACAGUGUAGCAUGGACCUAUUAUGAAAAGUUAAUACAACGAAGCACCUUUUUUUAUUUUAGUGGUUAACAAUAAGUCUGGACAGGGAAAUUUACACCUAAAAAUGCAGGUUAUACAACAGAAAAAGGUCACUUUAAAUGCAUUUGAAUGCAACAGUGCAGGGGCAUUUUCUAGAGUACAUUUUAACAUACGUGUGGGAUUGCAGGAUGUUUAUUGCUGUUAUAAUGUGCUUUAAAAUGUCUCUUUUUAUGUUAACUUGUAUUUCUUUGUGUUUUACUAUGUAGCGAGAAACAAACCUGCAAAGGUAUUUCAGAAAUCAAUGAGCACAUGGUUGAGUUUUAAGCUCCAGUAAAAGCUCAUGGGGUCAUGCAUUUAUUUUUCUAUAUGGAAAAACCGCUGCAGUUUGGAGAAGGGUUUUUUUUUUUUUUGAAUGGCAACUCAUACCAGGCAAAGAUCAUUUAAAAUAGCACAGUGCCAGACAAAGUUAAAGACACCACUUCUAAAAAUUUUUAAAAUGAGUUUUUAUUGCAGUAGCAUUAUCUUACACAUUUAAAGAAACCCAAACUUUUACUUUAAUUUAAAAAAUGUUUUAUUACCAGAAGAACUUUGUGCAAAAUGAAUGGUACCCCUGCUGUCAGUACAAUAUCAGUUUAACUUUACUAAAUCGAUUCAAUUUACAGCAGAUUGAGCCAGCUUUUAAUUAUUUCCACCAUAGUUCUUGUUGCAGUUUUUAAUUUGAUUUGAUUUUUAAUGAAUUUGUUAACAAAUCUAGUUUUAUUCAAGAAAGACAAUGCAGUCCUUUAUAAAAAGAGUUUACAAAUUCAGGCAGUAAGCCGUUAUUAAAGGUAAACCCAACAUUUAACCUUUUUUUUUUUAUUCAAAGGAAUUCAUCCAAAAAAAAUUUAACAGCCAAAUUUUCUUUUUAAGUUCCCUUGCCUUGCUGCUCAUUGUGUAUUCAGAUGAUAAACAUGGAGGCAGAAUAUCAUGGAUAUAGUAUUUUAUUUAUUGAUGUAUAUAUAUUUUUUAUGAAAGAUAUGCUACUGUAAGAAAAGCUCAAUUAAUUCUCAGGCGUUUUGCGUGUCUUUAUGAAGCUGGUCAAUAAAAUGGCUGCCAGUGCAGUUUUUUUUAUUGAGAUUUGUUUUCCAGCCGAAAUAUAUUUUAAUUGCAGCAUCGGUCCCGUUUUUUACUAUUAUUAUUCAAAAAGUUGACAGAUUUGGCCUUACAGCUCGUACUGACCUUCUCAGCCAUGUCUUUCAUUACUAUGCAUUAUCUUGAUAACAAAGAGUUUGUUUUGUGUUUGAUUCACUGUGAAUUGUUUUCUGAGCAGUUCAGAUUUGGAUCUUGUUUAGUAAGAGAGUUUAAUUAGGCACAGGAGGAUUAGAUAAAAUUAAUCAAAUAACUUGAUCUAAGUUAAUUAAAAAACAGAUCAUUUGACAAUGAUACACAAUGGUGUGACGUCCCAAUAGAUCUUCCACUAGCUGAACAUUAUUAAGCUAUGUAUCUAAUUAGAUCUGAAGUGUUGGGUUGGUAAGGGUUUUCUAAAAUAAUUUACUAAUAAUAUAAUAUACAUUAUGAUUAUGAUAACAUGAUAUUGUUAUCUAAUUUAAUUUAAUAUUUGUAAAAUAUGUAUUCUUUUAGCAGCAAAUCAUGCAAUUUUAUAGCCUUUUAAAACUAUGUGUUGAAUUCUGUUAUGUGAAAACCAAUGUUUUCUAAUGCCUGUUAUUGGAUUUUUAUUUAAUGCAAAGUAGAACAAACAUUUCAUGAAAAGUAAAGGGAAAUAUGUUGUUUUUUUUCUAUUUUUUUUUUAACCUAUCAAAUUUAAAAGGUUUUGUUGGUUUAUUUUGCUUAAAAACCAGCCUUCAUGCCCAUCACAUCUGCGAGUUGCAGAAAAAUUAGCGAGAGUUCCGUCAGAUGAAACGACAGAGAGUAUCUGUGAAUAACUGUAUUCCAGUCUUGCCAGUAAUUCAGCUUUUUAUUUUGGUCCAGAUCUGUUGUUGUCCUGGAAGGAAGGAAGCUUCAAGUUUGUUUAUUGUUUGGUGGUAUUUUUCCUCCUUGACUGUCUUCCAUUAAACUUGAUCUAUCUUAGCUUUCCUUUCCCUGCAUCCCCACAGCAUUAUACUGCCACCACCCUUCCACCAAGAAUGUCCAAUGUUAGUUUUCUAUCACAGGUUCGCAUGGAAGUUAGCCAGAAAACCUGUUUUGCACAUUUUUACUACAUGGCUUUUAGCAAACUGCAAACAGGACUUCUUAAGACUUUCAAUAGAUUUGAAAAAUCUAUGACUUGUGCUUGAGAAUCAUCAUUUAUAGUGACUUUGUCAGCAGAUUAUCUGGCCUACCUGAGCAACUUUGCAGCUCCUCAAAGUUUACAGAAGGCCUCUUUUGGUUCUUUGAUCAAUUUUUUCAAUGAUUGAUAGAUUUCUCGUUUAGUCGUGCUAUUUUCAUUUUCAUAAAAUGUAGUCAAAGGCAAUUGCCUGGACUGGAUUUUAUCUAGAGUUAUCAAAGCAAAGGGGGCUGAAUAGAGAUGCCUUUCUAAACAUUUGAGAUUUUACUUUCAACCCAUAAGAAUCCAAUAACAUGCAUUAAAGUUUAUGGUUCUGUGAGCCAAAAUGAGGUUUAAAUACUUGCAUGGCAAUUUCAAUUCGUCAUCAUGAAAUGUUUGAAAUUAAUUAUUGAACCCUUUACAACACUGACUGGGCUAGCUACUCUUUUCAAUUAAAGUUAUGGAGGGAUAGGUUUACAGGUUUUUGACCCAUUUCUUGGAACAGUUACAGUAAAGAUGAUUUUGAAGUUCAAAAGUUAGAUGGAAGAUUCCCAGAAACUAAACAAUAACACGAUUUAAAUAAACAUAUUGUGCACCUGAUAGAGCAGGAAGGAGAAGUGUAGCAAUAUUCUGUUGAUUUUUCUUUGUUUCUAACUCUAGUUAAUUUUCUUUCCUCCGCGAUCGAGCUGUGAUUAAGAGAAAACCUUGGUCUAGUUCUCUGAAAACCACAAUGCCUUUAGUUUGUGUAAACUGGUACAUAGAGUGAAAGAAAUCCUUAAAAUGUGUUUAUUUUCUGGCAAGUUAAAUUUGUUAUAGUCUUUAUAUUUUUCUACAGUCAGACUUCUUAAUUUUUGUUGGAUACACAGUUUUACAUGAGUGUUUUCUUUUUUAUUAUAAUACAUGUCUCUCUGGUUUUAAAUAUAAGGGUCUGCAUGGACAGAAUAAAUCUCCGACUCUGCCAUGGCAGUUUGGAUCUUGGCAAGUGGGGGUCAACAUUGUUGUUUUAGUUGUUUUUUUUUUUUUUGUUUUUUACCUCUCGCCUUUUUUUCAGCUUGAAAAACGUCAGCCAAGCAUGCUGACCACUCCUCUCGUCUCUUCUGCAGCUCAGAUCACCUUAAAAAGAGAGAGGACCUGCUGUGGCUCCCAGAUUUCCAAAUGAACUUUAUAUGCAAAAUGGCUGCUGAAGCAAUUACUUUAAGGCCACACUGUGUGGACUGGCUACGCAGUGGCCUCGUAGCUGACCUCAAGAUGUUUGUAACCGAGAGACACUUUGACGGAAAAAUCUCUCUUUAAUUUGCGGGAACUGAAGGGCCUCUCUGUGUGUGAAAGUGAGUAUGCGUGUGCUUCUGUCUAAUAUGUGUGUUCAGAUUUUACUUGUGUUUUUGUCUUGAAAAAUGGGUUGGAGGGGGUUAAAGUAACUGUGCAUCCAGGAACAUUGUAUAUCUUAGCUUUGCUUUUUCAUGGGAACUAUUUAAUUUAACGUUCCAAUUUGUUCAAAUUUGAAAGUUAUUAAUGAGAUAACUGAGUA